AUGUCGAUGAACGAAUCUGUACGGGCACUUACUUUUAUGGAAGAUUUAGCCAAUCAUUCCAAUAUCCUGUUCUCCGGUACGGGUCGUCAAAUUUGUAUUACCGAUUGUUCUUCUGGCACUACAUUUCGUAUCUUGAAAGGUCAUAAAGGUAUGGUAACAGCACUUUGCACUUGGGGUGGUUGUCUAUUUGCUAGUUCAUCGACCGAUAAAACGAUCCGUAUUUGGGAUACGCGUGUCACUGAAGCUGUCAGAGUAUUCGAUCCGCUUGCAAAAUCUGGAGCAGCAGGUGCUUUCCAUGUGGAUGGCAGCGGUCGAAUUUUGGUACGUGGUGAUGGAAGUGGUGAAGCGCAUGUAUAUGAUGCAUCAUCAACCAAGAAAAUUAUGACCAAACGGAUUUCUACGCUACCAAUUUUGUGUCUUCGUAUUGCUAGCUCACAACGAUUUAUGGCUACUGCUGAUGAAAAGAAAAUCAGUCUAUGUGAUUUACGGGAUGUAUUUCAAAUGCCUGAAUCAUCAUGUGUUGUGAAAUGUACAAGGAAAUGCAUUGUCCUCAAGUGGCAUUCUAUGAAACCGUCAUUUGCAACGUUAGAUAACGAAAGUGCCUUGAAUUUGUGGCAGUUGGAGCGGAAAGAAUCUUGUACAACGGAAGAUUAA